AUGGUUCACAAGCUAACGCCAAACUCCAUCAACACCUUCAAGGAGUUAAGCGCACAAUUCGCCUCGCACUUUAUCGGGGGGCACAGGUAUAAGAAGUCCACUGCAUGCUUGAUGAACAUCAAACAAUGGGAAGAUGAGGCACUGAGGUCUUACAUAACUCGCUUUAACAAGGAAACCCUCUCGAUUAAUGAAGCUAACAAUAAGAUACUAGUGGCAGCAUUUACCAAUGGGUUACGGAAGGGGAAGUUUCUAUUUUCCUUAUACGAGAAUGACCCAAAAACCAUGUCGGAUGUACUUUACAAGGCUACUAAGUACAUGAAUACAAAAGAUGCACUGCUAGCCCGAGAAGAGAAGCCCAAGAAGAAGGAAAGAUAA